CGCUUCAAACAAGCAAAUCAUAAGCAUUCAAUAAUAAAUCUAAAUGGCUUCCUCUGCAAUCUUGUGUAUCACAUUAGCCUUGAUCAAUUCCAUUUGCAUCUCCUUGGCCUUCGACACUCGUCCUCUUCUAGAUAUUUGCGUCACAGAUCCCACCGGAAUCGGAAAAUGCAAGGACCCUAAAUUUGUUACCGCGAAUGACUUCUCCAUGACCGGUCUGGAUCGGCCCAGACCCUUUAAUUCGUACGGCGUUGCCCCCGUCUUUGCAUCUGCAGCUACAAUACCGGGGUUUAACACUAUGGGCCAGACAUUUAUACGCGUGGAGUUUGCACCGAAUGGGUUCUUGCCGCCCCACACACACCCUAGGGCAUCGGAGAUCAUCUAUGUCUUGGAAGGUACAAUGGAAGUCGGAUUUGUAACAUCAUACCCAGACUACAAAUAUUAUAGCAAAGUCCUUAACAAAGGUGAUGUCACCAUCAUCCCUUUCGGCCUCAUUCACACCGUGCGCAACGUAGCUAGGGGGAAGAGUGUCAUAACGGCCUCCUUCAAUAGCCAGAAUCCGGGAUUUAUUUUCGUCCCCGACUCUGUUUUCGCGGCCAAACCCGCCAUCAACAGCACUUAUCUAGCCGGAGCAUUUAAGCUGUACGAAAAAACUGUCAAAGAUUUGCAGACUAAAAUGUGGUUUAUUUAACCUUGUAUGUUACUUCACCAUGUAUGGUGAUAAACCAUCUUCAAUUUCUCAACAUGCACAAUAAUAAAUAAUAUUAAUAAUAAUUCUCUUUGGAUUAAAA